AUGCCCAGGAUCUUUGGUGAUACUCGAUGCGAUGCCUGCCAUGCAUUGAUCGGCGAUACAGAAGAAUCAGCGGUUCAAAUUUGGUGUCUUCAUUGGCCUGCCGGAAAUUGGAUGAGUGCUAGUCUUUUGAGAUCGCACAAUGUGACGGUCAGAGACUAUCCAGGAUUUACCUUCCUACACUCGGACUGUUUCUCCAGUAUUAUCAUUACGCCCCAUCGGCAUCGGUCGCAAGAUGAGAUCAACUGCUUCAGGAGAGCUUUGGCGUGGCGCAAACUCGACCACAUGCGUAUCUUCCCCAAAGAACUUGACAUUCCUAAGCCUCUACGUUCCAGUCAACUGGCCGUAUCAGCGGCAGCGAGGAUUGCUAGCCUCCCACUCCUCGGCCGACUUCCUAUAGGGCUUGUUGCUCUGAUUCAAUCUUGUUGCCCAGAUGCCUAUUUCUGGAAUAUGGUACACAGACUGGACUUCAAGCCGCGAUUAGGUUUGAGACCUAUGAGUACAACUCUAAUCACAAAUUAUCUCUCCUGCGUUGAGUCUUGGAAGCGCCACGACGCUGGACCAGCCUGCGCGGAAAGUCUAAAAGACCCUGAAUGUAUAUGCAUCACUCUUGAUUCGGACGGCAUUUACCAGAUUGAGAGACUUCAGAAUCAUCCUCGUCCACCAAACUAUUCCAGACAGAAGUUCAAGAGGUACGUUCUCGCCAACGAGAAAGACCUUAAAUCCGUCGAGGCCUACUUUCAGGAUGGACUCUGCUGUCUGAGGGCACAUGGGGGUCACCCUGGUUUCCCGACCUAG